AUGCUUGGUGGAAGUUCGAUCUGGACAAGUGGUUGCCUGGUGCUCUCACUUGUCGGCGCAGUGACAGCUCAACAAAACCUAGCCUACAUCCCCUUCGCAUGGAACCGAGACGACAACCGACCUGUUAGUGCGACUAUUCGAGGAUCAGAUUCAUCUGGGCGGACGACGUGGGGGUUGUAUGACCGUCCUGGGGAUCGAACACCUGGUCCUGUAGGCACAGCAGGCUCAACAGCCACAAUGCGCUACGUCGCGGAACCAACGCUGACCCUCACGGGCGACUGCAUCCUCACGACACCCGUCGCAGCGUGCGCAAUCAACCUCGACGACCUGCCUGAUCGGUUUUUGGCGAGUGUGGAGGGGGAGGCUGGGGGGCCGGUUGAGACUGCGUCGAGUGGGGGAGGGGGCGGAGGUAGUGGACUUUUCGGUGGAGGUGGAGGGGGUGGGAUUUUCGGUGGAGGGGGUGGUGGUGCUGCUGCAGGUGCAGUCCGGAAUAGUCGACGACGGUCGGAGGGCUGCGCGCAGGCGUCGUCCGUUGCUUCCGGAGUCACCGCACCUCCCCGAUCAAUGACAGUUAUCUCACCAACGACUAUCCAAACCGUGAGGCUGAAGUCGGAAUGCGGAAUGUGGAAAAAGGCACCUCGACGUCGCGCAGACCUAGUAGCGAUACCAACCAAGGAAAUCGUGAAGGGACUCGGUGGUGAUGAAUACCUAGUAAUGUACGACAGUUCGUUGUAG